CCGAUACAUUUCAUUAUUAUAACAAAAUAUACAUAACUUUGUUAUGCGGGAUAAUUAUCAAGAUAUAAAGUAAGAUUUUAUUUAACUUAAAACAUAUACUUCUCGUAAAAUGUUUUUCGAAAUGUAGAAAUUACAGACCGAAUUGGAAAGGAUUUUCACCAAGAUUGACAAGUGUUGAGUAUUUGGAACUAGGACAAUCUCAGUUAAGAUAACCGCCAUCGCACACACUUUUUGCAGUUAACUCUUGGACGGCAAUACCUGCACGACGGCCCAGAUUGGGAUCAAACAAGAAAAUGAGACAGUUUCUGGCUGUUCUCGUAUUUGCGGGAUGCCUAAUUCAUGGGGCGCUUGGGGCCAUCUACUGCACCAUAGCCGAUGACACACCUGUAUUCAGCGCCCCUGAUCUUGGCAUCAGAGUCGUCACACUGGUCGAGAGGAACACGUGCUUCAAUGGUGACAUGGAGGGGGAAUGGCUAGUCCUGCAAGAUAAUCCAAUUUAUAACAUACAUCGCUACGCAGUAAUAGAGGACAUUGAGCCAGCCGCUGAUAAAAACGAAGCUAAUGGGUAUCGAGAAUACGAUCCUUGGUAUAAACAAAGUGUUCGUUCAAGAUGCGUGGAUGUCGAAGGAAUAAACACCUGCGCUGGCGUACGAUCGAUUCCCAAUUAUAGACAAGAAAAACGAUUUCUGCUGGGUGAUGCAACAUGGACAAAUUGGAUCGAAUGGUCUGAAUGUAACUCCUCAUGCAAUGUCGAGGGAACGCGGAAUCGUACACGAGAGUGCUUUGUAUUGAACCCGAAUGUCCAAGCGAAUUGCAAUGGCGGUGACUCGAUACAAUUACAGAAGUGCACAAAAUCCUGUUUGGUGACGUGCUCGGAUGGCUUUUCGUGGACGGUAUGGCAUGACUGUACCAAAACUUGUGAUGGUAUAACAACGAGGUCGGGAGGCUGUUGGAAUGGCACUGCAAAUGUCACCACUACAGAGGAAAAAAAUUGUACUCGUGAAUUAUGCCCAGUGGAUGGAACGUGGUCUGAUUGGGGCCAAUGGGGUUCUUGUUCUGCAACUAUGAAUCUGGCACCAGGAAUUCGUUUCAGAUUCAAACAGUGUUUACCUACCAAUCGACAUGGUGGCGCUGAUUGUCCGGGAAAACCAUAUGACACUGGCGUGUGCAUGGGAUCUGAUUGGGAAGAAUGGAGUUCAUGGACUAAAUGUACGAGUACAAAUUGCUCGAAAGGUUUAACAGUAAGAAUACGGUAUUGCAAAAUCCAAAACUGUACUGGUGCUGAAUUCGAAGAAAAAGAUUGCUAUCUCAAUGAUUGUCCAAUUAAUGGCGCCUGGGGAGCCUGGGAGGGCUGGACUGUCUGCAAAUGUAACGGCUUACGUGGACGAUUUCGAAAUUGUGACAGCCCGCCUCCCACAAACGGUGGACAGGAUUGUCAGGAUAGCCGAUACGAAGUGGGAGUGUGCAACAAGACAAGCAAUUGUUCAGUUGACGGUAGCUGGGGAGCUUGGGAGGGCUGGUCAGUCUGCUACUGUAGCGGAUUUCGUCCGCGAUAUCGCAAAUGUGACAGUCCGCCUCCCUUGACUGGCGGACAGUAUUGCAACGGUUCUGAAUUCGAACUAAGUAUGUGCAACCGAACAAGCAACACUAACUGUCCAGUUGAUGGAAAGUGGACUGACUGGUCAGUGUGGUCAACUUGCUCUGUAAGCUGCGAGAAUGGAACUCAAUCUCGAAACCGGAACUGUACUAACCCACCACAAGCAUAUGGAGGAAAAGAUUGUGGUUCAGAUGACAGCGCGUUUCAGAAUUGCAGUAUCUCGAUACCUUGUCCGGUUGCUGGUGGUUGGUCCACGUGGAGUGACUGGUCGAGCUGCUCUGCCACGUGUCAGGCGCCGGGUCUGCAGUACCGUAACAGGUCAUGUGACAAUCCACCUCCUGACAUCGGUGGACAGAACUGUACUGGCGAUGUAGGAGAAACACACAACUGCAAUGGAUUAGGUGCCUGUCCCGUUGCUGGUGGUUGGUCCACGUGGAGUAACUGGUCUAUCUGCUCCGCCACGUGUCAAGCGACGGGUAUGCAGUAUCGUAACAGAUCAUGUGACAGUCCAACUCCUGACAACGGUGGACAAAAUUGCACUGGCGGUGUAGGAGACAUGAGGAACUGCCAUGGCACAGGACCUUGUCCCGUCGAUGGCGGCUACUCUAACUGGCUGCAGUGGUUCGAUUGCUCGGCCACGUGCGAAGGAGGAGUCAGAUAUCGUUCCCGUUAUUGUAACGAGCCACGCCCCCAGAACGGGGGUAGCGAUUGCAGUGUCCUCGGAAAGAGCUCUGAGACACAGAGCUGCAAUAUACAACCUUGUCCUGUUGACGGGAACUGGGGACUCUGGUCCAACUGGAGUAGAUGCGACGUGACCUGUGGUAACGGAAAGAGGACCAGAAACAGACCUUGUGAGGGGAUUGCAUACGGUGGACAGAACUGCUCUGGCGAUGCGCUUCAAACUGAAACCUGCCGUGAAGUCGUCUGCCCAGUGUCUGGCGCAUGGGGGCAGUGGGAAGACUGGUUAGUUUGCAACUGUAACAGCACACAGACACGUGUCCGGAAGUGUGACAGUCCAGCGCCUUUAGGAUCAGGUCUACAGUGUUUAGGAUCAACACGGGAAACUGUGAGCUGUUCAGACAAACCAACAACGUGCCCUGUGGAUGGCCAUUGGGGAAGUUGGUAUCCUUGGGUUGCAUGCUCUACGACCUGUGGCCCUGGUGAAAUGGUACGGGUAAGAUCCUGCAACAACCCGCGCCCACAAAAUGGAGGUCUGUACUGUGAUAGUGACGAGAAGGGUGAAGAUGAGCGUAAGGGGUGUCAAGGUCCGCCGUGUCAAAUCAACGGGAGCUGGUCAGACUGGACUGCGUGGUCCACGUGCAGUGUCACGUGUGGAAUUGGUUCCCACUCCAGGAACAGGUCAUGCGACCACCCUGCACCCGCCUACGGUGGAGUGAACUGUGCUGGCAGUGACAAUGAAAAUGGGAGCUGCACACAGAAACAUUGUCCAAUUGACGGCAACUGGUCAGGAUGGAGCGCCUGGUUUGCCUGCGAUGUGACCUGCGCUACCGGAACCAGACAUAGAGUCCGUACUUGUGAUAGUCCUGCUCCUAAUUAUGGCGGUCAGCCGUGCAAUGAGACAGCGGCUCAGUUCGAACAAUGUCAGGAGCCACCUUGUCCUAUUGACGGUAUAUGGGGGGCGUGGCAGUCCUGGACCAUGUGUUCCGUCACGUGCCUCAAUGGAAUCCGGUCUCGUACCCGCCUCUGUGACUCCCCGACACCGCAACAUGGAGGCAGCGACUGUAAAGAACAACAGAAUGGCACUGAGACGUGUACAAUGCGUGACAACUGCGAUGUUGAUGGCGGUUGGACAGAGUGGGGCUUUUGGAGUUUUUGUGAUGUUUCGUGUGCAAGCGGACACCACACCAGGUACAGACUAUGUGAAAAUCCGCCGCCAGAAUACUUUGGCAAGUACUGUGAAGGACCUGACAGCGAAGUGGGCGAAUGUUUCGACAAGCCUUGUCCAAUUGACGGUAGGUUUGGUGCCUGGAUGGCGUGGGGUUCGUGUUUUCCUUCCACUGGUAAUGGACUUAAAACGCGUACACGUCUCUGUGACAACCCACAACCAAUGAAUGGAGGCCGCAACUGUCAGGGAAAUUACACAGAACAACUCCAGUGUUGUGACAGCGACUGUCCAGAUAAAAACACAUGUACGUUUGAUGCGCCGUUAAAUUGUAUUUGGCAUAAUGUUGACUUGUUGGACAAUAUGGACUGGAUUGUGUUCAAUGGCUCGACGAACACUGACGACACGGGGCCUAGCUCGGAUCAUACGUUUGGUAACAGUACUGGCAGAUAUGUCUACCUCGAGUCCAGCGCCCCAAGCAAGGAAUGUGACAAGGCCUGGUAUCAGAGUGGCAUCAUACAGCCCGGUUUUAACGCCCCUGCCUGUGUUCAAUUCUGGUAUCACAUGCAUGGUGCCGAUAUCGGAAGUCUCAACAUUUACAUGGCUACUGGUUCCCAGCUCCCAGGGAAACUGCUGUGGACUGUAAGUGGGAACCAGGGAGAUGUCUGGAAGUCUGGACAUGUACCUUUGAGCUACUCUUCAAAUAUUUCGAUUUUAGCAGAAGCCACUGUUGGGAACGGUUACCAUGGCGAUAUUGGACUAGACGACCUGCUGUUCACACAGUCGACAUGCUCUCUGUACCCCAGCAUGGCUAACACACAGUCGGCUGCUACAUGUCCGACCACGACAAUAAGCCCAGGACAUUGGUCUUCCUGGUUUAAUGGCCAGUGUUCUGUGACAUGCGGGAACGGAACUCUUACAAGAAUGCGUCACUGCUCCUCGGGUCACACCGAAGACUGUGCGGGAACCAGUAGCGAAGUAAUAGGCUGCCAAAAACCUCCAUGUGGAGCCUGGUCUGCGUGGUUCAAUGGCCAGUGUUCUGUGACAUGUGGGAACGGAACCCUUACACGCAUGCGCCACUGCUCCACGGGUCACUCUGAGGAUUGUGUGGGAAACAGCAGAGAAGUGAUUGACUGUAAGAAAACUCCAUGCAAAGUGGACGGUGUCUGGUCUUCGUGGUCACUAUGGGCACAGUGUGACGUCACAUGUGAAGAUGGUCACAUAUAUCGAACGAGGAUGUGUAGCAAUCCACCUCCCGCGUUUGGAGGUCUGAACUGCUCUGGAGCGAGUCAAGAAGCCAACACAUGCAGGCUUGCAAGAUGCCCAGAUUGGUCACCCUGGUUCAACGGCAAGUGUUCAGUGACAUGUGGAAACGGAACUGAAACCCGUGUACGUAACUGCUCCACGGGUUACAAAGAGGAUUGUGCAGGAAAAAGCAGCGAAGUGGUGGGCUGUCAAAUGGCACCAUGUGAAGUCAAUGGUACCUGGUCGUCGUGGUCAACAUGGUCGCAAUGUGACGUCACAUGUGAAGACGGUCACAUACAACGAACAAGGACGUGUACCAAUCCAGCUCCCGCCUUCGGGGGCCUGAACUGUUCUGGAGAGAGUCUGGAAACAAGCGCGUGCAAGCUUGCAAAAUGUCCAAGUUGGAGCGAAUGGUUCCUCGGCGACUGCUCGGUGACGUGUGGUGACGGCACCCUGUCGCGUAUGAGGAUGUGUUCUUCCGGGCACGACGAGGACUGUCCGGGGUCUGCCUUUGACACCGUGCCUUGCUCGCAGGCGCCCUGUUGACGAAGUGGGGCUCAUUGCAACAAAUGACUUAAUGCGACUAAAUGUUCCGAUUGGAAAUGUAUUACUGAGAAAAAAUAAAAUAAAAGCAUUGUAUUGCUA